AUCGGGUUAUUUUUAAUCUCGAUAUUUUUCUGAAAACGAGAUCUGUGGCAGCCCCAGCUCCGGAACACAGGUGUGAAGCGAGCCUCUGGGCAUCGUUGAACAGCAGCGAGGGGAAUAGGUAGACAAAGGAAGAUUAGUCUUGGCGCGAACGACGGAGUUCGUGAUCCAAGGAGGACGUUCAUAGCGAUUUGGUUGGUCUUCUUUGUUCGAGGGAGCUAGAUCUUGGGCUGGUUUGAGAUGAUUUAGAUUCUUGGCAACUUUAGGGAGGAGAUGGGUUGCUCCUUUUCCGGAUUGAAUGCGCUCUAUGACGCUGUUAAUGGAGCUGGGGACGUUUGGAUCAACGAGAGCAGGUUCAGAGUCAUUAGGCAGCUCGGAGAAGGCGGUUUCGCCUACGUGUUCUUGGUGAAGGAUGUGACGGCCGAGGGAUCUGGAACGAAAUUCAAGGACCCUUCUCAUGUCUCUGAUAAUGGUAUAUACGCAAUGAAAAAGGUUCUCAUCCAGUCAGAGGAGCAGCUAGAGCUGGUGAAGCAAGAAAUACGAGUUUCAUCCCUUUUUAGUCAUCCCAACUUGCUUCCUCUUCUUGACCAUGCGACCAUUGCAGUUAAGGGCCCUAACCCAGGAACAUGGAACCAUGAAGCAUACUUAUUGUUCCCAGUCCAUUUGGAUGGAACAUUGCUUGACAGUGCCAAAACAAUGAAAAUGAAAAAGGAGUUCUUCUCUACAAUUACAGUUCUUCAAAUAUUUAGACAGCUCUGUGCGGGGCUGAAGCAUAUGCACAGUUUCCACCCUCCAUACGCUCAUAAUGAUAUCAAGCCAGGAAAUGUACUAAUUACAAAUAGGAAAGGGGAGGCACCUCUUGCGGUCUUGAUGGAUUUUGGCAGUGCUGCACCUGCAAGGAGGGAAAUUCGCUCUCGUUCUGAGGCAUUACAGUUACAGGAAUGGGCAGCUGAGCAUUGUUCUGCACCAUACAGAGCUCCUGAGUUGUGGGACUGUCCAAGCUAUGCUGACAUUGACGAAAGAACAGAUAUUUGGUCUCUUGGGUGUACUCUAUAUGCCAUAAUGUAUGGAGAGUCUCCUUUCGAGUUUGCACUAGGAGAAUCUGGGGGUAGCCUACAACUGGCCAUAAUGAACGGGCAAGUUAAGUGGCCUUCAGGGCCAAACCCUCCUUAUCCUGCUCAACUACACCAGUUUGUGAUCUGGAUGCUUCAAACUCAAGUGGCACUUCGGCCAUGCAUCGAUGACAUUAUUGUUCAUGUUGAUAAGUUGUUAUCAAAAUUCACCCCUUGAAGUCAGUUACUUGCAUCCGAUGUUGAUUGCAAAAGCGGGCAGCAGCCAGACCAAGUGAAGAAUGUUACCUUAUUCGUUGAUUGUUAGAUCUCUUUAUUUCAGUGUCAUGUGAUAUAAAAUCUUCCAAUUGUACCAUUUUCUAUGUACAAGCUUGGGCCUGCCAAUCAUUGUCAAAACUGAAUAUGUGGUUGUAUCAGCUCUUGUUCAUAUGUUGUAAGUUCUAUAGUAUACUUGUUGUGCAUGUUCGAAUGA